GCCAUGUUUGGCGCACCAGCCUCGUACGGCCAGCCGCAGACUCGGUCCAAGGUCGUCUUCGUCGGCAACCUCCCGUUCGACUACACUGAGGAGCAGUUUGUCGAGGUGUUCAACUCGGUUGGCCCCGUCGUCUCGUUCCGCCUCGUCUUCGACCACAACACCGGCAAGCCCAAAGGCUUCGGCUUCUGCGAGUACCGCGACGCCGACACGGCCGCGUCGGCGCUGCGCAAUCUGCAGGGCGUCGAGGUUGGCGGCCGAGGCCUGCGUCUCGACUUUGCCGACACGGACGACGCGCCGCCGAGCAAGCGCUUCCGUGGGCCGGGAGGGCCGCCGAUGGGAGGUGCGGGGCCGGCGGGCUACGGCGGAGCGUACGGCGGCGGCGGAGGAAUCGGCCCGGGAGCGGGAGCAGGAGCAGGGGCAGGAGCCGCGCCGGGCGCGUACGGCGGGUACCAGCCUCCCGGCGGCGGCGGCGGCGGCGGCAUGACGCCGCUCGGCGGUGCCGCACCUCCAGGUGCUCCCGCCGCCCCGCUCGUUGCGGCACCUCCCGCCGGCGGGUACAACAUCCCGCCGCCGGUGCCGGGUGCGACGGGCCCGCGACCGCUGCCGCAGGGCGUGCCCGUCGAGCCGGGCAAGCAGGCGACGGACAAGAUCACCGAGACGAUCGGCACCAUGGCGCCGGGCCAGCUGCUCGACAUCAUGAGCCAGAUGAAGGCCCUCGUCACCGCGAGCCCGUACGAGGCUCGCGCCCUCCUCACCGCCCAGCCCCAGCUCUCCUACGCCCUCUUCCAGGCCAUGCUCUGCAUGGGCAUCGUCGACCCGUCAGUCCUGCAACGCGCCUUUCCCGCCACCGGCGCCGGCGCCGCACCUCCCGCCGGGCCCGGCGGGUACCCGCCCGCGCCCGCUCCCGCCGCACCGGCGGGCGCAGCCGGCUACGGCUACGGCACGCCGCCGCACGUCGCGCAAGGCGGGUACGGUGCGCCUCCUGCUGCGGCGCCGAGCAGCUACUCGCGCCCGCCGCCUGUCGGCGCGCCCUCGAGCUACGGCGCCCCGCCACCGCCGCCGCCUCAGCAGCAGCAGCCGUCGUCGGGCUACGGCAACUACCAGCGUCCGCCGCAGGGUGCACCACAGCCGCCGCAGCCGCAGCAAGCGCAGGCGGCGCCGGGCACGACGCCCGAGCAAGCAGCUCUCAUCCAGCAGGUCCUCAGCAUGACGGACGCCCAGAUUGCCGCUCUCGACGAGACGAGUCGCAACACGAUUCUGCAGAUUCGGCAGCAGGCGCAGCGCGCGAUGGGUCGGUGAGAGAGGGAAGGACGCGUCGACGAUGUUGUUAACGCGAGGAGUUGCAUUUCUGCGUGUUGCCUAG